GAGCGAGUGUGUGGUGACGUGAUCUAUGAGUGUUUGUCUUUAGUCUGUCAGUCAGUCGCGCUGCAGCGGCCAACCGUCAGUGUAGCAUGAGACGGCUAUCUGCCUCUCAGAAACGAUGCCACACCACCUAAAACUCCGGAAAACCCUUUGUUGUCUACCUUUGAGCACGACCCAGGAGGUCGUCUACCCUGACGGGCGCUUGUACAGACCGAGAGGAGGGAGCCAAGACUCAGGGGUAGAUGCAUCACCAGGAGCGAGCGCAGUAUGAAGAAAGCAGGAAGGCCAGUGGGGAAUAAGGCAGCAAGUGGAGGAGGUAAAGGUGACACAGUGAUAGCUUUAACCUCUGCUGGCAAAAGCGCUGUUAAGAGCCCUACCACAGCGCCGCUCUCCAAGGUCAAAAGCAGUGAUGAUCUUCUAGCUGCUAUGGCUGGGAGCAGUGCAGGGACAAACAGCAGUGUUGCCAAGGGCAAGAAAUCAACCUCUACUCAAUCAACGUCCUGUGGAACAAACACUAAUAACCCUGACACAAAGAUCAAGACCACCUCAGGUCCAUCUGGCAAACGGACAUCAUCCACGGCCUCCAAGGAGUCAAACUCCUCACGUGAUCGUUUGCGAAACUCCAGAAACUCCAGCAGUAAGAAGCAGUCAUCCAGUGGUGCUUCUGAUCGGGCCCAGCCAAGGCAUUCCCGUGGACUGGCCCAAACCUCAGACUCAGAGAGCCGCAUGAGCAAAUCAAAGUCUGACGGACAGCUAAGUGAUAAAGUGGCCCUGGAGGCCAAAGUAAAAAAUCUGUUAGGUCUGGCCAAGAGCAAAGACGUGGAAAUCCUGCAGCUACGGGGUGAGCUGAGGGACAUGAGGGUUCAGCUGGGACUGCCUGAGGAAGAUGAGGAGGACGAGAGGCCACCUGAGAGGGAGGCGGCUGCAGUGAUCACAGCUGCAGAUGUGGAGUCGACGUUGCUGCUCCUGCAAGAGCAGAACCAGGCCAUCCGUGGAGAGCUCAACCUGCUUAAGAAUGAAAACCGUAUGCUAAAGGACCGCCUCAAUGCUCUUGGCUUUUCCCUGGAGCAAAGACUGGAUGGGGCUGAGAAAAUCUUUGGCUUUCCCUCCGCAAGUGCUGAACUUGCCUCCUCUGGAGGUGGUGGAGGUCAUGGAGACUGUGCUACUGUGGCCUCCUCUGUGGAGGGAUCUGCACCGGGCUCCAUGGAGGACCUUCUUACGGGAGGCCAGCGAAGUGGCUCAACAGACAACCUGGACAGCGAGUCCAGUGAGGUCUACCAAGCGGUGACCUCCAGCGACGAUGCUUUGGAUGCUCCCUCAGGCUGCGGCUCCUCGUCAUCCUCUGAGUCUGAAGGUGGCGCUCCAGCAUGUCGCAGUUCCUCUCGGAAGGGGAGCAGUGGAAACACCAGCGAGGUGUCAGUGGCGUGCCUUACAGAGCGCAUUCACCAGAUGGAGGAAAACCAACACAGCACGUCUGAGGAGCUCCAAGCGACUCUACAGGAACUGGGUGACCUGCAACAGAUCACGCAGGAACUAAAUGGUGAAAAUGAACGCCUGGGAGAAGAAAAGGUCCUGCUUAUGGACUCCCUCUGCCAACAGAGUGACAAACUGGAGCACUGUGGCCGUCAGAUCGAGUACUUCCGCUCCCUCCUGGACGAGCACGGCGUGACCUACUCAGUAGACGAAGAUAUCAAGAGUGGCCGAUACCUGGAGCUGGAGCAACGCUACGUGGAGCUUGCAGAAAAUGCUAGUUUUGAGCGCGAGCAGCUCUUGGGUGUGCAGCAACAUCUGAGCAAUACUCUAAAGAUGGCUGAGCAGGAUAAUGCAGAGGCUCAGAAUGUGAUCGCAGCACUGAAGGAGCGCAACCAUCACAUGGAGAGACUUCUAGAGGUGGAAAGGCAGGAGCGGGCCGGCAUGGCGGCAGUUCUGGAGGAGUGUAAAGCUGUGGUCAGCAACGACCAGAGUGAGCUGAGCCGCUGUCGGGUGUUACUUGAGCAGGAGAGGCAAAAGGUUGCAGAGCUUUACUCCAUCCACAAUGCCGGAGAUAAGAGCGACAUCCACCAGCUCCUGGAAGGGGUUAGACUGGACAAGGAAGAAGCUGAAGCCAAAGCCGCCAAACUACAGGACGAUUUGGGCCACGCUCGCAAUGAGGUGGCAUGUCUGCAGGACACCAUGAACAAGCUGGACGCCGAGUACAGGGACUUCCAAAGCGAGGUGCAGAAAGAGUUAGCCGAGCAGAAGAGGGCUCUAGAGAAACAGCGUAAGGACCUACAGGAAAAGGAGACGGAGAUUGGAGACAUGAAGGAGACCAUUUUUGAGCUGGAAGAUGAAGUGGAGCAGCACCGAGCCGUCAAACUUCACGACAACCUCAUCAUCAGCGACCUAGAGAGUUCGAUGAAAAAGCUUCAGGAUCAGAAGCAUGACAUGGAGAGAGAGAUAAAGAUACUGCACCGCAAACUCAGGGAAGAGUCGGCAGAGUGGCGUCAGUUCCAGGCAGAUCUGCAGACUGCUGUGGUCAUUGCUAAUGACAUCAAGUCAGAAGCUCAAGAGGAGAUCGGUGACCUACGCCGCCGCCUGCAAGAAGCCCAAGAAAAGAACGAGAAGUUGAGCAAAGAAAUAGAUGAAGUUAAAAACCGCAAGCAAGACGAGGAGCGUGGACGUGUAUAUAACUACAUGAACGCUGUUGAGAGGGACCUGGCUGCACUCAGGCAAGGCAUGGGACUGAGUCGACGCCCCUCCACAUCCUCCGAGCCGUCACCCACCGUUAAAACCCUCAUCAAAAGCUUUGACAGUGCCUCACAGGGUCCUGGAGCUAAUGGUACUGCAGUCGCUGCUGCAGCCGCCGCUGCUGCAAGCACAACCACGAGCGCCCCUUUACCUCGCACACCUCUCAGUCCCAGCCCUAUGAAGACCCCACCUGCUGCUGCUGUCUCACCCAUGCAGAGACACUCCAUCACUGGCUCUAUGGCAGCUGCGAAGCCCCUCUCCUCCCUUACAGACAAAAGACCCAGUUACACAGACAUCAGCAUGCCAGCUGAGCAUCUACUAAGAGCAGCCAACAGCAGCCGUCCUGCUUCAGCUCUUCAGAGAGUCUCAAACAUGGACACAACAAAGACUAUCACAGUGUCUCGGAGAAGCAGUGAAGAGGCCAAGAGGGAUAUCAGUGCUCCUGAUGGAGGCCCAGCUUCCUCUCUGAUAUCCAUGGGCUCUGCUGCACCUCCUCUCUCCCUGUCCUCUUCCUCUUCCCCCACAGCCUCUGUCAACCCCACCGCACGCAGCCGCCUUCGAGAGGAGCGAAAAGACCCUCUGUCAGCUUUGGCUCGUGAAUAUGGUGGUUCUAAAAGAAAUGCACUGCUGAGGUGGUGUCAGAAGAAAACCGAGGGUUAUCAGAACAUCGACAUUACCAACUUUAGCAGCAGCUGGAAUGAUGGACUGGCCUUCUGCGCUGUCCUUCACACGUACCUGCCUGCUCAUAUUCCCUAUCAAGAGCUCAGCAGUCAGGACAAGGCAAGUACACUACUGAGUUCUGCAUAAUGAUCAUGCCAUACA